AUGGAUAUGGAUUUAACAUAUAUUACAUCGUAUUCAUUAGAAGUUCUUCAUAUGAAUAAACAAAUUUUAAAUUCAUUGAAUAUUUCAUUUGGAAUUAAUUUAGUUGAUCAAUGUGUAGAAAUUGAUAAUUGUGUUGCAGAAAUUCUUUCAACAGAUCAUUCACAAGUUAUAUUAAAUUUAGAUGCAAAAUCUAAAUAUCCAAAUUUAACUCGAAAUCAAAUGCAAGAACUUAGUUUAAUUAAUGUUUUAAAUUUCCUAAUCAAUCAAAAUAUUGUUGAUAAAGAUACGCAUAUUGCAAUAACAAGUUGGAUUACGCGGCCCAUUAAAAGUGGCCAACAAACGAAUGAGUUAAGAUCCGGUAGUAUGGCUCAUACUGCAAAUGAAAUCUUUGAACACAUACUAAUACCACAUUCAUUUACAAAAUAA